AUGCGUCUUUCUAUCUUUCUGAGCGCCGUCGCGCUGCUCCCUGCUGCUUUUGCUCAGCUCUCGGGCUCUGUCGGACCUACGACUAAGACUUCUGCGAAAAGGGCGACCAAGACUUGUGACGUGACCAAGUACGGCGCCAAAGCGGACAAGACGACUGAUAUCGGGCCACCGCUUGCAUCAGCUUGGGCAGCAUGCCAGAGCGGCGGCAUCGUUAUCAUCCCUGCGGGUGAUUAUGCCAUGAAGACAUGGGUCACGCUGAAAAAUGGUAAAGGAGUUGGCAUCCAGCUUGACGGCAUCAUUUACCGCACCGGCACGGAUGGCGGCAACAUGAUCAUGAUCAGAGACACCACGGACUUUGAGUUCUUUAGCUCGACCGGAAAGGGUGCUAUUCAAGGUAAUGGUUACGAGAUUCACGCCUCGCAAGGACAGUGCAAAGGCGCGCGUCUCCUCCGCACCUACAAAGUCACCAACUUCUCCGUUCACGACAUUGCCCUUGUUGACUCCCCCAUGUACCACUACUCUUUGGACACAUGCACCAACGGCGAAGUCUACAAUAUGGCCAUCCGCGGCGGCGAAUGGGGUUGCCUCGACGGCAUCGACGUCUGGUCCAACAACAUCUGGAUCCACGACGUUAUGGUGACCAAUAAAGAUGAAUGUGUCACCGUCAAGUCGCCUGCCAAGAAUAUCCUUGUCGAGAACAUCUACUGCAACUGGUCUGGUGGCUCCGCUUUUGGCAGCUUGGGUGCCGAUACCGCCAUCUCACAGGUCGUGUAUCGCAACAUCUACACGUGGAAGUCGAACCAGAUGCUCAUGGUGAAGUCGUAUGGUGGCAGCGGGUACGUCGAAGAUGUCGUCCUGGAGAACUUCAUCGGUCACGGAAACGCAUACGCCCUUGACAUCGACCAAUACUGGUCUAGCAUGAGCAAGGUCGACGGCAACGGCGUCCAACUGUCCAACUUCACUAUCAAGAACUGGAAGGGCACUGAGGCGAACGGCGCAUCCCGCGGACCGAUCAAGAUCGCCUGUGCAGACGGCGCACCUUGCACGGAUAUGAAGAUUUCCGACUUUGCCAUGUGGACCGAGACUGGCAGCAAGCAGACGUUGACCUGCCAGUCUGCCUACGGAAGCGGUGCCUGCCUGAAGGCUGGUACGGGCAAGUCCUAUGCUAUGGUUACUAGCACGCAGACUGCGGCCACAGCUGGAUACACGGCUGCGUCCAUGGCGGCGGACUUGAAGUCGGCGUUCGGAACCACUAAGAGCAUUCCGAUUCCUGCUCUGCCAACCAGCUACUACCCGGGUCAGAAGCCCAUCAGUGCGGUCGCUGGAGCCUGA